UCUUUAGCUGCCAGCGGAACGAAGCGAACGCAUUAAAACAAACAUGGAACGUUGGUCGAAUCGCGUGGCUGUCGUCACUGGUGCUAGCUCUGGGAUUGGAGCUGCCUGCUGCAAGGAUUUGGUGGCCAAGGGCAUGGUCGUGGUGGGUUUGGCGCGCCGUGAGCAGCGCCUGGAGGAGCUGAAGGCUGCGCUGCCAGCGGAUCAGGCCAAGCGCUUUCACUUCCACAAGUGCGAUGUGAGCGUGGAGCAAGAGGUGCUGGAUGCCUUUGCCUGGGUGGACAAAACACUUGGCGGCGCCGAUGUGCUGAUCAACAAUGCGGGCAUUGCUCGUCAUGUGAAUGUUUUGGAUGCGGGCAACAGCGCGGAUCUGCGCGCUGUUAUCGACACCAAUCUUAUGGGCGUGUCGUGGUGCACACGUGAGGCGUUCCAGUCGCAGCAGCGCCGCAAGGUUACGGAUGGCCAUAUAGUCAUCAUCAAUAGUAUACUGGGUCAUCAUGUGCCGGCCAUGCCCAAGGCCACCUUGAACUUGUAUCCAGCAAGCAAAUAUGCAUUGACUGCUUUGACCGAAGUGCUGCGUCAGGAGUUCAACGACAAGGGCACCAAGACAAAGAUUACGAGCAUUAGCCCCGGCGUUGUGGAUACGGAAAUUAUAUCGGACCAAGCGCGUAAAUUUUUGCCCCUUUCAUCGCUUUUGCGUGCUGAGGAUGUCGCCGAUGCCGUGAGCUACUGCAUCCAAACCCCGCCCAAUGUGCAAAUACACGAGCUGACCAUCAAGCCUGUGGGCGAAAGCUUCUAAUGAGCUUUGCUAAUGAGCAUAACAUAUAGCUUUAGUUACGCCAGCA